AUGUCAACUACUGAAGCCGAACCUCUCUUACGUGAUGGAGACUCUGAGUCCUCUUUCGGAAUCACUAAAGAACAACUAGCCGACUUAGUUGACCCAAAAUCACCAGAUCUUUUGCGCGAAUACGGCGAUGUAGAGCAGAUUUUAAAAAAAUUACGCGUGAAUCCGACAGAAGGUUUGAGUUCUGACGAGGGAUUGGGUGAAGGUAGCGGAAAAGGUGGUGCGUUUCGAGACCGGAGAAAGUACUAUGGAAAGAAUAUAUUACCUGAUGUGGCGUCAAAAUCGUUAUUUUCUUUAAUAUGGGAAGCAUAUCAAGAUAAAACCUUGAUUAUGCUUAGUAUUGCUUCGUUAUUCUCGUUGGCUGUUGGUAUAAGUGAAGAUUACUCUUCGCGACAUCCAGAAGGGGAACCACGUGUCGGCUGGGUUGAAGGUGUUGCUAUUCUUGCUGCCGUUGCUGCUGUUGUCCUGACAAAUGCAAUUAACGAUUAUCAAAAGGAAAAACAAUUCAAAAAACUUAAUGCCAAAAAAGAAGAUCGUAGUGUCAAACUUAUUCGUGAUGGAAGAGAAAAACAGGUUUCUGUUCAUGAGAUCAAUGUCGGUGAUAUCUUG